AUGGCUGGUGCGCACUGCGCCGCCUUCUCCGUUCUUACAUCACUUACUAACACCACCCCAAAAUUACUAAAACCACUUCUUUCUUCUUCCAUCUCCAGUCCACGCCCUCCAAAAAAACUCACGAAGCGGAAAAAUCACUUGCGCCCCAAAAUCCUCAAAACCCUAACAAAACCAUAUCCAAUAGAGCCCGUAAUCCCUAUUGUAUUACCGCCUCAAAACGACACCUUUUCCGAGCCUCAACUCGACGAACUCGUCGGAGUUGUCCCUGCCGUUGAUGAAGUCGAGGAAAUUCAGGUCACGGAGACCGAGGGUGUUGCUGGAGACUACAGUGGCAGUUUAGGUAAAUUGUCUGCAAUGUCUGUCCUGAAAGUUGGCAUGGGUUUGGUUGGGGUUUUGAUGUUACAAACAAUUUGUAGUGUUUGUUUUCUGGGAAAUUCAAAUUCCGACGAGGAAAACAAGAAUUUGGAUGCUUUAGAUAGGGGUAUUAAUAGAAUAAAAAAAGGGAGCUUUUUGGUAGAUAAAAACGUGGUUGAUUUGGAUGAAACCGAGUUAGAAUAUAAAAUUAAUGAAAUUAGGGCAAUGGCCAGAGAAGUGCGAAAGAUUGAAGGCAAGGCACGGGGAGCUGAUAACGAAAAAGGUGACAUUCUUGAUGAAUUUGUGAAUUCUAAGAGUAGAACAGGCAUUGAAAAAGAGAUUGGCUCAUGA